UGGACUGUGACUCCGGAGGCAACAGCCCGCCCUGUCCUCCCUCUGCUUCUCGGCCAAUAGGAGGCCGAGGGCGAAUCUCAAGGGCAGCGGUGGCGGCGGCGCCGCUGAUGACGACAACGAUGACGGGUUCCCGGCGUCUCCUGGUGGCGGGUUCGAGGCUGGGCAGGAGGAGCUCUUUUCUGGCUGUUCUUGUUCCCAAGCCUGAUUCUUGCUUCUUGCAGUCUCGCAGCUACAUACCUCGGAGGGCUGUUCUGUAUGUACCUGCAGAUGAUGACAGAAAGGUGCAGAAAAUUGCAUCACUCAAAGUGGAUUGUGCAGUGCUAGAUUGCGAAGAUGGUGUUGCUCUAAACAGGAAAGCCAAUGCAAGAGAGAAGAGUGUGAAAGCACUGGAAGAAUUUGAAUUUGGCCAUACUGAAAAGUGUGUUCGGAUCAAUUCAGUGAGCAGUGGUUUGGCUGAAGAAGAUCUGAAAGUCAUUUUGGACUCCAGUGUUCUUCCUACCAGCUUGAUGCUACCAAAAGUUGAAAGUGUAGAAGAAAUCAUCUGGUUUGCAGAAAAAUUUGCAUCACAUUUAAAAGGCCGGACAUGUGUGAAACCUAUGAAUUUUAUUCCUUUUGUGGAAACAGCAAUGGGGUUGCUGAAUUUUAAGGCUGUUUGUGAAGAAACUCUGAGGAAGGGACCCCAGAUUGGUCUUCAUUUGGAUGCAGUCGUCUUUGGAGGUGAAGAUUUUCGGGCCAGCAUAGGCUCCACGAGUAGCAAAGAAACCCUUGAUAUUCUUUAUGCCAGACAGAAAAUUGUCGUCACAGCCAAGGCUUUUGGCAUGCAGGCCAUCGACCUUGUAUAUAUCGACUUUCAAGAUGAAGAGGGACUCCGUAAGCAGUCAAGAGAGGGAGCCUUAAUGGGCUUCACUGGUAAGCAGGUGAUUCACCCUAAUCAAGUUGCCGUUGUCCAGGAAGAGUUUUCGCCGAGCUCUGAAAAAAUGAAGUGGGCACAAGAACUGAUUAUGGCUUUUGAGGAACAUCAGCGCGUGGGCAAGGGCGCCUUCACUUUCCGUGGCAGCAUGAUAGACAUGCCAUUACUGAAGCAGGCCCAGAACAUUGUUACGCUUGCCACAGCCAUCAAGGAAAAAUGAUCUGCCAAAUGAACCUUCCCCCAGGGGGUUCCAGGAGCUGUUUAAAGGAGGAUUAUAUAAUACUCAAAGAAUGAAAAAUGCAUCCGUUCACCCUUCAGCAGAAGUCUGUUUACACGUCCUAUUGCUUCCCAUAUAUUUUUCUCACUGUGGACUCUAGCCAUUUUGUGUAACCAGCUUUUGUUAGGGCAAAGAUGAAAGCAAAAUUGAUUCAUUUGUGGAGAAAGGGGCCCCAUUAAAAACAAUAAACAACAUGGGCAAACUGAUUCAGAUUAAUAUAUGCCUUUGCGAACUUUACUCAGAAGAGAACAAAGGGACACUUAUACUGAGUCAUACCUACAACUGCAUUGCCAACUCUGACUGGCAGCAUCUCCCUAGGUAAGAUAAUUUCCUAGCCUUCCUAGGUCUCACUAGUUUGUUUUGGUGGUCUUCCAUCCAAAUAUUCACCUGCUUAGUUUCAAACCAAGGUCACAUUGGGCCUAUUCCAAAAGGAGUGCCAGGCUCUUAUAUCUUUUGUUUGUGUAGAAGACAGACUCAUAGCUGAUAGAGUUUUUCACUCAAGGGAGAGCAAAGAUUAUCCCAUUGCCUCCACUAUGCAAUGGUGAAAGAUACUGCAUUUUCAAUCUGGUCUAAUCAGAAGCAACAAGAGUUGCUAUCUGUAGGGACCCAUAGGCUCACAUAGACUAGCUUUGAAUCCAUGGAAAUUCGUCCCUCAGCUGUCACCCUGAUAGUUUCAAAAAAAGAUAGAAAGGGGAAAUUCUACCUAAUGUGUCUUCAACUAUCUCCACAGUGUGCAGACACGAACAGGCAGUUAUCUUUUGGUAACACUGAUGUGUGGAAUGGCUGUCUCCCCCUGGUUAUGUAGAUUUAAAAUUUUAAAGAUGGCUUAGUUCACCUUCACCAAUGAAUGUGAUUCACCACCUGCCCAUCCACUUGAAGAGUGCAAACUCAAAACCAUUUCAUAUAGAUUGGUUAACCCUUUAAGAAGCCUGCAGCCAACCUUUUGUACUCAUUCUCAGAGUGAAUUAGAUUGAGAACCCAUCUCCAAAGUUAACUUUCCAAGAGAUGGUUAAGGAAGAUGUUUUUCCGUGUCAGUACAGCCGUGACAGAAAGUGCCUCAGCAUUGGAAAGGCAGCAUCACCAGCUCUCCGACAGUUUAGCGCAGUGGUUCUCAACCUGGGGUCCCCCAGAUGUUUUGGCCUUCAACUCCCAGAAAUCCUAACAACUGGUAAACUGGUUGGGAUUUCUGGGAGUUGUAGGCCAAAACACCUGGAGACUCCCAGGUUGAGAACCACUGGUUUAGAGGCAUCACUGUACUCAUGAGCAUGCAUAGAAGCAAUUUAAAGGAAACACUUGUAGUCUGAACUUAAACAACCAAUUUUCUCUCAGUUUUUCCUGAACUUCUUUUAUGUUCACUACUCAGAGUAAUGGAAUUCCAGAGGCUCAGCCGUUGAUAGAUUCCUUAUUACUGCUUUCAUGGAACUAUAUUUUGUUACCAUUUCCAAACUGAACUGUUAUAUGAAAUUAUCCAGAUAACCAUAUUCCAAUAUUACUAAGCUACACUAAAAUCGACUUUGGGGAUAGGUUGCCCUGUUAUUCCAUUGAAUGUUAUUGAUGAGGACUAAUUCUAAAAUGUAUAGAACACUCUAUGAGUAGACUACUAUUGACGGAAAUAACUUAAUAUGGGUUAAACCAGAGAAGCACUAUAUGCUCUUGUGUAGGUACUGAAAAAUAUUAAUGUAAAAACUGCCUUAUCAUGUUGCUGUCCAUAACCUGCAGAGUAGCUGUAUGGGAUACUUGUCACUGGUCUGAACUCAGGGAGGGUGUCUAGUUCAGUAAUAGACUAUUAGGCAAAGUGAGAGCAUCAACUAAGGUGGUAAAUAUUGGGAUUCAUUGGAAAAGAACAGCAGGCGUGCCCUGUGUUCUAAAUGGGCUAUGCAGGGCACCCUUAGAUAACAUUUAAGGUGGGUAGAAGAUGGUGUCCUAUCAACAGUGUUGAACAGAUGCAACUGUUGAUCCUGUUAGGUUUUGCACAUGGAAUAAGAGGAGACACCUUCUUCUCUUCAGUCAACAAAAUGGCCUGGAUUGGCUCAAAUAGCAAAGCUUGUGCUUUACAUGCAGAUGGUACCAAAUUCAGAUCCUUGGCAUCUCCAGACAGGGCUAGAAGAGAUCCGUGAAUGAAAUGUAGGAAGAGCUGCUAUCACACCAUAGGAGAUAAUACUGAUUGCAUUACAUACAAGACAGUAGAGGCUCUGUAGACAGUUGAACCUAUUCAUGAUACAGUACUUCCCUUUUGUAACAAGGGCUGCCUGGCUGGAUUGAGCCAAGAGCUGAAUGCCAACCCAAGCAUUGGUACCAUCAGAAGUCCUGGCAUUCAUCAUGAGAGUCCUCAUAUGGAGCACUUCAAGAGAAUUCCCAAAUGCUGAGCAGUUAUGUUGAAUCCAUAAGAAAGAACUAGUUUUAGUAGUUCUCUCCACUGGGAGAUGAAGUUUAAAAUGCUGUGCAUUAUAGCAUCCAUAGUUUUCAAACUAUCUGUCUCCCUGUCUCCCAGAGAGGCUUGCGGGAGAUGAUGUCUUCACCCAAAAGUAUCCCAUGUACUAUCCAAAGUGCAAGCAUUUCUUGACAUAGAAUUGAAACUUGAUUUGUCUGUUACUAUCCAUUGGAGCCCCAGGUGGCAUAGCGUGUUAACAUUGAACUGCUGAAUUUGCGGACCAAAAGGUCGUAGGUUCGAAUUCGGAGAUCGGAGUGAGCAUCCGCUGUUAGCCCCAGCUUCUGCCAUCCUAGCAGUUCAAAAACAUGCAAAUGUGAGUAGAUCAAUAGGUACCGUUCUGGCAGGAAAGUAAUGGCGCUCCAUGCAGUCAUGCCAGCCACAUGACCUUGGAGAUGUCUAUGGACAAUGCCGGCUUUGCAGCUUAGAAAUGGAAAUGAGCACCAACCCCCAGAGUUGGACUCGAAUGGACUUAAUGUCAGGGGAAAACCUUUACCUUUACCUAUCCAUUGGUCAACUUGUCUUCAGGGCAUUUGCCUUGUAAAAAGUAUAUGGGCUUCUGACAUUUUAGCAUUGUUUUCACUGUCUAUAUUUAUGUUCGUGGUGAGAGACAGUGAAAACAAUAAGGCUGGGCAAAGCACAGUGCUUAAAGGGCAUAGCCACAUACCUUUUACAAGCAUGCUGGCCAAUUGAUACUAAUGGGUGAUUUAAAUGUGCCAAGAGUGAACUGAGCUUCAUAGGUAAAGCUUGUAAUGACUGUGUGCCUUCACACUAUUUCUGCCUUAUGACGAUCCUAAAGUGACCCUAUAAUGGAGAUCUUUCUUGACAUGAUUUGUUCUGAGGGGUUGCCUUCCUCUGAGGUUGUGAGAGUGUGACUGUCUGAAUUGCAUUCAGUGGGUUUCCAUGGCCAAGCAGGGAUUUGAAUACUAGUCUCCAGGGUUCAAAACACCCAACUACUGCUUAUCUCAAAGUAAAUUCCAGUCAAUAGAGUCCUGUUCAGACCAGAAGAUCUCACAGAUAUUAAUAGCUCUGCUCUUAAGUAUGAUCAAAUGUUGAUCCAACUCAAUGAGUUAACAAGAUUAGGAUACAGCAGUGCAGAAUAAGUGAGUAUAUCACUUCCUGAAGUGGAUCUACUUCAGGACUUGAAUCAGGUGAAGACUGAAUUCCAGAUAGGCAAAUUCAGUCAAGAAAGCAAGGGUCCUGCAUCUGCAAUUUCUGAGCUGAACUGUUGAGGAAUAGGGUAAUUUGAAGGUCUCUCAUUCGUUGGAUUACCAUAAACCAAAGUCAGUUUAAUGGCAGUUAACAAUAAUAAACUUCUAUAUAAUCUCUCUCACCAUGACACUUUGCUGUCUGAAGCAGAGCAACAAAUGUGCAAGGGAUUAGAACAAGGUAGGCCCUUGAGGUAGGAGUUCCUACAAGCAUUUCUGCCCCUUUGGAAGCAAAAAAAAAUUUCACAAAUCAAAUUACUACUCCUUUGCUUUUUCCUAUCAUGGUGUCUAAAAUCUGCUACUAUAAUCAUUCUACGUUGUUGUGCAGACGUGCUUAACUUUGGGCCUAAGGAAAACAUGCAUUUUUUUCUUCCAUUACUGUAUGGUUUAUAAUUUUAAUGUUUUUUAAAAAAUGCUAUUUUCAAGUAUUCUUUGUAAAAAAAAAUGACAUAGAAUGGAUUAUGUAAUAGAAAACAAUUUCCACUGCAAUAAAAUAAUACACAUGC